UAUGAAUUCAACAACUCCUAAAUCAAGUGGAAUCAAUUACGCAAGUAUAAUUUAAUUAUAAAAUGAUGGUAGAAUUAAGAAAACAAAGAUCAAACUAAGACACUUUACCAAAAUCAAUGUCAACUAAUAUAAAAAUGGAUAUUAAUUAGACAUAAUAAUUUGGAGGUAUUAAACAUAGAAGUACUUCUUAACAUAAUAUUAAUGAAAUGGCAUAAAUAUAAUUAUUUGAUUAAUGUUUAGAGAAAUAAGCAAAUUAAAAUGAAUUUUUAGUUUUCCUUGAUCGAUAGAUGUAAUAUUUUUGUCAAAAUACUCCUGUACUUAAUAAUUAAUAAACUUAGUAAAAUUAUUCAUCAUUUCGAAUUACUAAUAAGGUUGUAUAAGAAGAAAAGAAAAAAUUGUAGGUCGAACUCCAAAAAUUUAAUUAAGAGAAUGCUUAUUUAAUAAAGGAAAUAAAGGAUUUAAAUAAAACUAAAUAAAUGCUUGUUAAGAGAUAUGAUGCUUUACAAGGUUUAAUUUUAAAAGAAAGAUUAAAUAACUAGCCUAAAAAUCGUUAAUUUAGCAAUCAAAAAUUUCAACAUCUUUUUAAUCAAAUUUCACCAGUUUAAGAGACUAUAUCUUCAUUAACAGAUGAGAGAGUAAUAAAAUUUAUAUUUUUCUAUUUUUAGUUUGAGAGUAAUACAACUUCUCUAGAUUCUUCUUUAUCAUAUGAGGAUGAUCAAUCAUCUGCUUCAUAAUUAUUAGAUUUAUUAUAGAAAAAUUCCAAACAUAGAUUUAAUUUUCAAAAACAAAUGGUAUGA